AGAGGACUCCAGGCAGUGCGCCCUGCUGGUACAGGGUGGGGGUGUUAUUACCAUUCAUCAACCGGUUCAGACUGGACUGAAGGCCAUAUAAACAAUGUUCCUGGAGAGAAGUAUCCCACACACCUAGCCCCCAUCAUCAGCACACGAGCCCCUAACUUUGAGAUAGAUCAGACACAAGUAUAUUAAGAUGUGUACAUUCAUUUUCAUUAUUCAUUCUGAGUGUCAUUUUGACUUUUUUUCAAAUGCUUUGUAAAGUGCCUCAUACAAAGAACCUCAUUUAGCCCGGAAACCAAGCAGGACCGUAUUCUCUGUCAGUGCUGUAGCAGAUCCCUGAGGGCAGCAGUAACAUCAGCACCAUGGCUCCAUCUACUGAAGUGCUGGACGGAGGCUGGGGAUGGGCGAUCGUUGUGGCCUCCUUCAUGGCCCAGCUUCUCGCCUAUGGGUCACCACAGUCCGUCGGCGUCCUGUACCCCGAGUGGCUGCAUGCCUUCCAGGAGGGCAAGGGCAUGACGGCCUGGGUGGGCUCCCUCGUGGCUGGAGUGGGACUAAUAGCCAGUCCUGUCUGCAGUGCCUGUGUGGACAACUUUGGGGCUCGUCCCGUGACCAUCUUCAGUGGUGUAAUGGUGGCGGGCGGCCUGAUGCUCAGUGCCUUUGCUCCAAAUGUCCAGUUCCUCAUCUUUUCCUAUGGGAUCGUGGUUGGCCUUGGUUGUGGUCUUGUCUACGCAGCCACAUUGACAAUCACCUGUCAAUAUUUUGACAAGAGACGCGGCCUUGCCCUCGGCAUUGUCACCACAGGCACAAGUGUUGGAGCCUUCAUCUACGCCUCCGCCCAGAACGAGCUGAUUGUGCUGUACGGCCUGGACGGCUGCCUGCUCAUCAUCGGAGCUGUAGCACUAAACCUCAUGGCCUGCGCUGGUUUCAUGAGGCCCCUCAACAUGCCAGGGUACUACCUCAAACAGAAGGCCGCCCUGGAGCGCAACACAGAGGAGCAGCUGUUCGAGAAGCCCCCGUUGGAUGAGCUGAAGAUCACCACGGGGUCCAAGUCAACCACUCCGGAGAAAACUCUAACAGUGAAGGAGCUGCUCAUCACCAUCGAUGCAAAGGACUUGGCCGUUCAGACGGAGAAGAAGAAAGGCAGCUUCUUGAAUGGGCUCGCCAUCAUGAAAGUCAUCAAGAAGAAGCAGCAGGCGUACUCCAAGUACAUGCAAUCUAUGUAUGAGAUCCUGCAGGACCAAGCCAUGGUGGCCUUCUGUAUCGCUGUCUUCCUGUUCAGCCUGGGGGCUUUCCCUCCUGUGCUCUUUAUAGAGGAUGUGGCGCAGAGUGAGGGACUCAUUGAAGAAGUUAGUGUCAUUCCUCUGGUAUCAAUAGGGGCCAUUGCCACUUGUGUAGGUAAACUAGUGCUAGGUAUGCUGGUGGACAUCAGGUGGAUUAACGGCAUUUAUCUUUAUGCCUUCACCAUGUUUGCCGGAGGUUUGGCACUGUUGCUUAUCCCCAUCACCAAGAGUUAUCUGGGACUGCAAAUCCUGUCUGUCGUCCUGGGUUUCUUCUCUGGAAACUGGUCCCUCACCUCCUACAUAACUACAAAGAUUGUCGGCUUAGACAGACUGACACAAGCACACGGCAUCCUAAUGUUCUUCGGGGGAUUUGGGAUUAUGCUCGGACCCCCAGUUGUAGGGUGGUUCUUCGACUGGACGCAGUCGUAUGACUUGGCGUUCUACUUCAGCGGGGGCUGUGUGGAGCUGGGAGCGGUCAUUCUCUUUCUGCUCAACCUCCCCUGCUGGAACAGGAAACACUCAGAGAACGACAGACCAGACGUCCAUUACACCAGCAACUGCGACAAAGUUGCCUCUGUAGCCUGAAUAUGAGCAGGACUCAAACUCACCCCUACUGCCCAGCAACUGUCGGCUGAUAAACUCUACCUGAACCACCUCUGGGAGGAAUUUUCUUUGACUUUACAGGAGUUUCCUCCUCAUUUCUGCUGCCAGGUUCUAAUAUACCAAAAUACUUGCCAGAGGUUUUGAAAUACAGGCCUUUUCCUCUGUACCUUGCCUGCAUUUCUCAGGAUCAAACCAUAUACUGCAGAUCUUUUUAAAGGUUUGACUCUGAUGCCUGGGCUGAUUUUUUUUCAUUAUUAUUAUUGCCUCAUUUUACGAGGUCAACUGAACAAUGUUGUUCAACUCCCAAAUUCUACAUUGUGUUUGUGUAAACACUGGUUUUCACUUUACUGUAGCUUUGAAAAAAAGACAUGGUGCCAUCCAUAAUAGAGUGCCCUAGGGAUGACAUUUUUCUGUAGGCUGACCAGGAAGUUAGCUUCGCCCUGGUUCUCUUGUCAAAAAGUCUGUGGGAUUUUUCCAUUGGGUUUUAGAUCAUUGCAGAAAAUAAGCUCUGUGGUAAACAAACGUUUAUGAUAUUUU